GUUGGAAGCCUUCUCGUGUUGACUCUUCUCAUCUUGCUGAUCAUCUUCGCCAAGAAUUUCACAUUCAAACGCGGCGACUACGAGACUCGAGAGGCCAAGGGAGCAAAGAAUGUGGAGACUGUCGAUCAGGGCAUCGCGUCAACCCAAACCGGCCAGCCAGACAUUCGGAGUAAGGAGUGGUACCUGUAG